AUUAUGGACGGUCCCGAGGCACCCUUUAAAAUUUUGGACAGUCUUGAGGCACCCGUUAAAAUUAUGGACGGUCCCGAGGCACCCAUUAAAAUUAUGGACGGUCCCGAGGCACCCAUUAAAAUUAUGGACGGUCCCGAGGCACCCUUUAAAAUUAUGGACGGUCCCGAGGCACCCAUUAAAAUUAUGGACGAUCCCGAGGCACCCAUUAAAAUUAUGGACGGUCCCGAGGCACCCUUUAAAAUUAUGGACAGUCCCGAGGCACCCAUUAAAAUUAUGGACGGUCCCGAGGCACCCUUUAAAAUUAUGGACAGUCCCGAGGCACCCUUUAAAAUUAUGGACAGUCCCGAGGCACCCAUUAAAAUUAUGGACGGUCCCGAGGCACCCUUUAAAAUUAUGGACGGUCCCGAGGCAUCCUUUAAAAUUAUGGACGGUCCCGAGGCAUCCUUUAAAAUUAUGGACGGUCCCGAGGCAUCCUUUAAAAUUAUGGACGGUCCCGAGGCACCCUUUAAAAUUAUGGACAGUCUUGAGGGCACCCCAUUCUAAAAUGUGA